UUGCGAAAAAAUUUGUCAAAAAAAACAAAAAUAGUUGCAACAACUCGCGUGUUGCACAAAGUUUUCGAAGUGCAUCAAAUCCAACUGUAAUUGUAAUUGUAACUGUUAACUGUUAACUGUAACGGCAGCAAAAGAACAAGUUGCAACCAGUUCAAAGUCGUUUUUUUGCCAUCAAUAAUAAAUAAACAAACAAAAAAUAGUACAACGAUAAACAUAAAUUCGAAAAUUCGACAAGUGACACAGAUAAACAACGGUCACAGCAACAAUCAUGUUCAAUCGUGUCUGCCCUUCAAAUACAAAUUACAACUAAAAAACAAAAAACGACAAAGUUGACAAUAAACUUUUUACCACACAACAGCAACGAAAACGAAACGAGAUAAAAGUUAACACACACCCACAAAAUACAAAGUGUAAAAAAAAAGACUUUUGAGUGUGUUUUUUGUUCCCUCCUUAAGUGACACUUGCGACCUUUUUAUAAAUACCCAAUUUCAUACUCAAACUGUCAGCGAUGGAAGCGCAUCCGAAACAGAUGCAGGAUUAUUGGCAUAUACCACGCGCCUCGCUCGUCUCCUCCAGCAGCUCGGCCAUCAGUUCGGCCAGCUCAUCGAAAUCCUCCAACAAAUCCAACUCGAAUCCCCCAACGCUGGCCCAACGCAGUCAAGUCUCGUCUGGAACCAGUGCAGCGGUGACUGCGGCAGCAGCUGCCGCUGUGUUGGCGGCCGCCAAGCGAGGAUCACGCUCAUCGCAGGGCUCCAGCGAUAGCAACAACAGCACACGGAGCGCCGCAUCCGGCUCACUGUUGCUGACGGCAGCGAAUCUGGAGCGAUUCGCCGAGAUCCACAAGAAGCAGGAGCGUCAGCACAAAAUGCUGCUCACAGAUCAGCAGCAAUUGCCCAGCGUGCAUGGCCACAGCUCCUCAUCGGCCAAUUAUAAUGCAAAUCUCGCCUUGGCGAGCAGCAGUCGAAAUGGCAAGGAUGCAGUUAUAGCGAUGGGUGAUGAUGGAGCAGCAACGGAUCCCAAUUUGCAGUACGUACGAACCAAAGAUCUGGAUACCGUUUCCAUAGCCAGUUCCAUGCACUUCACCAUGGUCAAUGGCGAACCCGGUGGCGCCAAGAAGCAGAAGCGCGGACUCUGCGAUCGCGGUCGCCAGGUGACGGUGCUCAUCAUCAGCAUGAGCACCAUCUUCUUGCUGCUCAUCAUGGGCAUGGUCUAUGCGCUAGAGAUGCGCGCUCGUGACAUGCCCAAAAGCUAACGCUAUUAUUAGUUAAACUUAAACAAACAAUUUUGUAAUUGGGGGUGUUUGGGGAAAGAGGGGGGCGUAACCCUUUUUUGGCUUCUUAGUUUAUUAUUUAUUUGUAUUUGUGCGUGUGUCACUUAUUUUUAUUAUUGUUAACGUGUCUUUGAGCUAGUUAUUAAGAUUAUUUAUUAUGAAAAACAAACAAACAAUCAAACAAAAAAAAAAAUACAAACAAAAAACAAUUGUUUUCUAUGCGAAAUUUUCGUAUGCGUCGUCAUACUAGUAUUAAGCGAAAAAAAAAUACAAAUGUAAUUAGCAAUUAAUUAAACAAUUAACGGAUACCAAUUAACCAAAAUUGUAUCACAGCAAGCCCUGGACAAUGAUGAACGAGAAACUGAAGUGAAUGCCGUAGAAAUAUAUAUAGAGAUAUAUACAAGCAAUAUAUAUAGUUAUAUGAAUUGAGCCGAAGCGAAUGUAUUUUUUCUGUUAAAGAAUUAAGUUAUUUAGCCCUGUGAUAUGUCAAAAUAAACAGAAUUAAAUGAAAAACGA